AACGCGUCAAAUUUUAAAAACAUCGCGCCUCUUCUCACAGCUGCCCAACAUGCAAGAACAAAUUGCUGUUGAUCUAGAUUACGACUCUGCUAUCGGAAUACCACUCGACGAUCCGUUAAAUUUAUCACUUCGAUCCAGCCUGCUCCAUUUCGCACAAGAAAAUGGACGGACUUACCAUAGGCUAAGUGAAGGGAAGUAUGCCUUCCCAAAUGACGAUAUCGAAAACGAUAGACUCGAUCUGCAAGAUGGCCUGUAUAUUAUUACGCUUGACGGGAAGAGGGCCCUGAAUCCGGGAGCCGAUACAGCCAAACGAGUUUUAGAUAUGGGUACUGGAACAGGUAUUUGGGCAUUGGAAUUUGCUGAGGAACACCCGGCUGCUGAAGUGAUCGGCGUUGAUCUGAGCCCUAUUCAACCUCCAUUCGUACCACCGAACUGCAGUUUUGAGAUCGAUGACCUUGAGAAAGAGUGGACAUGGACGACACCGUUUGACUUUAUUUUCUCUCGCAUGAUGACAGGAAGCUUUUCCAACCCCGAAACAAUGGCAAACAAGGUAUUCAAUGGUCUAAACCCCGGUGGCUGGUAUGAGAUCCAGGAUAUUCAACUCCCCGUCUUCUGCGACGAUGCCACUCUCGACCCCAAAACGUCUCCACUCAUGAAGUGGCAAGAAUGCCUCAUCGAAGGCUCUCGUAAACUUGGUCGGCCACUCGGUGAGUCUGAUAAGUAUAAAGCCAUCGUCGAGAAAGCCGGCUUCCAUAACGUCGUGGAGACUAUCUACAGAUGGCCUACCAACAGCUGGCCUAAAGACCCAAAGCUCAAGGAACUUGGAAAAUGGAACCUCAUCAACUUUGAAACAGGACUUGAGGGCGUGAGUCUGGCUUUGUUUACCAGGGUGCUCGGUUGGUCAAAGGAUGAAGUACUAUCUCUUUGUGCAGACGUAAGGAAUGAAUUGAGAAACCCAAAGGUACAUGGGUACUGGAAAAUCUAUGUGGUAUAUGGGCAGAAGCCGGAGAGGGAGUCAGCGGAGUACAGGGUCGAAGAGCCCUGAGGUCAUUCAACCUCGAUUUUCAUGACUGUCACUUUCUUCUCCUUAAUAUGAAAGCCGAUAGGGCCUCGGCAGUACAGUCAACUCAGUAACGCAUUCUUGUUGAUUUGUGGUGCCAUGGGGAGAACUAUGUAGUGUGAAGUUUCGUGAACAUCGAGCAAGGAGUCUGUUGCACGGGACCAUCCUAAUGUCGCCAUUUGUCAGGCCAAUUGUGAACUCAGGACCGUGGGCUGAUCACAGAGCAUCUUCCAACCAUUCCACCUAAGCUUAAGUUCUAUCACGAGUAGAUACACAACAUACGACUAAUUUGACAUGGC